AUGUCCCAGGCAAGGCAAAACCGGGCUCUCAUCAUCGUCAACACCGAUUUCUGCAGCAGCGACAGCGAUGGGGCAUUCGGGACCCGGAGAGGAGCCAAGAGAGAAGCGGAGAAACUUUCCAAGACACUCUCACGCCUCAACUACAAGGUGAAGCUGAUGCAUAACAAGACAGCCAAGGAAAUAGAGGACCUUUACCAGGAAGAGUGCUGCUGCGAGCACGGGGAGUACUUUGUGAGCAUCAUCUCCAGCCACGGAAAGGAGGGCGUCAUAUUCGGUUAUGACUCGGAGCCGGUUAAGCUGACCCGGAUUUUCCAGAUUUUAUCCUCAGAAAAGUGCCCGGUGCUCAGUAAAAUACCCAAAAUCUUCUUUAUCCAGGCUUGCCGGGGGCAAGAAUUCGACCGGGGGGUGGUUGUGGAGUGUGACAGCAGGGCCCCUGAGCCAGACUGCCUCUCGGACUACGUCUCCAUCCCUCCCCAAACCGUCGUGAUGUUCGCCUGCAGCCCAGGCUACGUGGCCUUCCUCAACAUCUUCGGAUCCAUGUUCCUCCAGGCCCUGCUCAAGGUCCUGGAGGGAGAGGAACGUCACCUGGCCCUCAACCGCCUCAUGACCCGCAUUAACUGGCACGUGGCCUUUUGCUGCCAGGCCAGGGGCACCUACGAGGGAUGCAAAGAGAUGCCCUGCUUCGUCACCAACCUGCUGCAGGAGGUCUUCCCCUUCUCCGCACCCAUCAGAUCCGACCCCCUUCCAAGUUACAACACCCCCUCUGCUCCUCCCAAAGCCGUUGGGACUGAGGCUCGACUUAACGUUAACCAAACCCACGCCACGCAGCAGCCACCCUCAUCUUCGGAAAAGCUGUCGCCCACAGCAGCAGAGGAAGUUGAUUGUGGCGAUACAUUUUUAUCUCUCGACGAGUCCAUUUGA